AUCGGGGAGCGCGGCGGGCCGCAACUCGGCUGGAGCGGUGGCGGCGGCGGCGCGUUACACCGCAGCCUCCCAAGCCCCGAGUCCCGGCGCGAGCAGCAGCAGGGAGCGCCUGCCGGUCCAGCCACCGCACCUCCAUCCCCCCAGCCGCCGUCGCUGCGCCCGGGACCGCCAGCCAUGGCCGCGCCGCCGGAUCCCCAAGAAGAGCUGCUGCCGCUGGCCGGCCGCGGGUCCCAGUGGUUUGGGGACCGGGAGGAAGGGGAGGACGAAGCGGUGACGCCGAAAGGGGCGAGGCCGGCGCCGCAGGCGGGGGAGUCCAGCCGGGGGCUGGGCGCUGGGGCCGAGGAAGCGGCGCCUGGAGAACUGGGCUCGAACCCCGCCCGGCCGCCCGUUGCCAUGGAAACUGCAUCCACAGGUGUGGCAGAUGUCUCCCGAGCCAUGGAUCAUCCCUUUUCAACAGCAUCAAAGGAUGGGGAAGGAGCGUGCUACACAUCUCUGAUUUCCGACAUCUGUUACCCACCUCAGGAGGAUUCCACAUAUUUCACUGGAAUUCUUCAGAAAGAAAAUGGCCACAUCACCACAACAGAGAGCCCUGAGGAGCUGAGUACCUCUGGGCCCUCCUUACCAGACGUGCCUGGGACGGAGCCUCACGGCUUAUUUAGUUCUGAUUCUGGAAUAGAGAUGACUCCUGCAGAGUCCACCGAAGUGAACAAGAUCUUAGCAGACCCCCUGGACCAGAUGAAAGCAGAAGCUUACAAGUACAUUGACAUAACCAGGCCCGAGGAGGUGAGCUAUCAGGGGCAACGUCACCCCAAGUUGGAAGAGAAAGACUUUGACUUUAAGAAUAAGGACACUGAAAUCUCAAUAAAAUCUGAAAAGGCCCGUGAACCAGAGAAAGCAGCUCCUGUGGAGGGAAAAAUCCUCAAGGACCAUUUAUUUGAAGAAUCAACAUUUGCUCCUUAUAUAGAUGAUCUCUCUGAAGAGCACCAUAGAGCCUCCCUGGUCACUGCCCCCAUCAAAAUCACGCUGACUGAAAUUGAGCCUUCUGUGGAAACUGCUACCCAAGAGAAGACCCCCGAGAAGCAAGAUAUCUGUCUGAAACCGAGUCCUGACACAGUCCCUACUGUCACCGUCUCAGAGCCUGAAGAUGACAGCCCAGAAUCCAUCACUCCUCCGUCUUUCGGAACAGAACCAUCUGCUGCAGAAUCCCAGGGGAAAGGCAGCAUCUCCGAGGACGAGCUGAUCACUGCCAUUAAAGAAGCGAAGGGGUUAUCCUAUGAAACAUCCGAGAGCCCGCAGCCGGCGGGCCAUGUGGCCGACAGGCCCGAGGUCAAGGCCAGGUCCGGGCGGCCCACCAUCCCCAGCCCCUUGGACCACGAGGCCAGCAGUGCGGAGUCAGGGGACUCAGAGAUCGAGCUGGUGUCCGAGGACCCGCUGGCCGCUGAGGAUGCGCUGACCUCCGGUUACGUGACCUUCGGCCACGUGGGCGGCCCGCCACCUUCGCCGGCCUCGCCGUCCAUCCAGUACAGCAUCCUGAGGGAGGAGCGCGAGGCCGAGCUGGACAGUGAGCUCAUCAUCGAGUCGUGCGAUGCGUCCUCGGCCUCGGAGGAGAGCCCCAAGCGGGAGCAGGACUCGCCCCCGAUGAAGCCGGGCGCCCUGGAUGCCAUCCGGGAGGAGCCGGGGGCCCGGGCCGAGCAGCGCGCGCCCAGCCAGCCGGGCCUGGCCGAGCAGGGCCCCUUCCUUAAGUUCCCCUCAGCUGUCCCCGGAACUGGCCAGGAGCUGCCCUCCGGAGACCGAGCCCCAGCACCCCAGGAGCCCGUGGAGCCGCAGAAACCUGCAGAGGCAGCGAGUUCCAAAGAAACUCCCGCGGCCACAGAGAGCCCUGGACCCCGAGGUCCUGGCAUCGCGCCCCCUCUGCUGUUUUUCAAUAAGCAAAAAG